UAUUACGUCUAAUACGUCAUUUAUGUAUAUGGUUUAAUAAAAAAAAAUAAAAAAUAAAUAAAUAAAUAAAUAACAAUGAUGAACAAUCGUUUGUCAUCACGAAUGUUGUAAAAUCAAGUGACGUUUCGUGGUUAUUUUAAUUUUUAAUACAAUAUUUCGUUAAUAAAUAAAUAAACAAAUAAACACAUAGCAAUAAUAGCAAUAUAUACCUAUAUAAAUAUUUAAUGACAUAAUGGAUCAAGAUAUAUUGACAACUUUGAAAAUAUUGAUGAUUGGUGAAUCCAAUGUGGGUAAAUCAAGUACAUUGUUGAGAUUCACUGAUGAUGAAUUCAAUGAAAAUAUGCAAAGUACUGUUGGCAUGGACUACAAAACAAAACAAAUAACAAUUGAUGGAAAUACUGUUAAACUUGCAAUUUGGGAUACAGCUGGUCAAGAACGUUAUCGAACACUAACACCAAGUUAUUAUCGUGAUGGUCAAGGUGCAAUAUUAAUGUACGACGUCACAGAUAAAAAUACAUUUUUAAAACUUGAAACAUGGCUAGAUGAAUUAAAUACAUACUGCAAUAAAAUUGAAAUUGUCAAAAUGAUUGUUGGUAAUAAAAUUGAUUUACCAAAUAGACAAGUUACAACUGAUGAAGGUUUAGCAUUUGCCAGAAAACAUCAAACACUUUAUAUUGAAAGUAGUGCUAAAACAGCUGACGGUGUUAAAUGUUGUUUUGAAGAACUCGUACAAAAGAUUAUUCAAACACCAGGCUUGUGGGAACAAAAUCAUUCAAUGAGAAGUCAAAAUGUUGGUGCUAAUGGACCUAGACAAAGAUUUGGAAAACGAGGUCUUCAAUUAACUGAUGAUUACACUGCAGCAGAAACAUAUUCUAAUUGUUAUUGUUAAUUAAUACAAUUAUAUACUAAAACAUAAUAAUAAUAAUAAUAAUCACAUUUUAAUAUUUAUUUGUAAAUAAAAAUUACAAAACAAUAAAACUAAAAAUUUUUCAUUUUUUUUUUCAUCAAUAAA